AUGCCUGGAUUAAGAAUACAUUCUAGCGUAGAUAAUACUUAUUUAGGAGAAGGUAGAUUUGAAUCUAGAAGUGGAAGUGGAUCUUCAUUAACAUUUCAAACACCUAUUAUUCUAAGUAAAAGAAAAAGACGAAAAAAUGACAAUAGUGACAAAGAAUUUGCAGAAGAAAAUGAAAGAAGAAUACAAGAAAGAGAACAACUUCGAAUAACAAAUGUUCAACCAAUUAAUUCUUAUGCAGUAAUACAAGAUGAAAUUACUGUGACAAUAGAUACUCCAAUCGAUACAAAUAAUUUACAACCAUAG